AACAUGUUAGUCAUCUUAGAAACUAAUAUUAAAGCGUGUUCUGCUCCUUUUGUUGACAUUGAUCUUUGUCUAGUUUCUGAAAUAUUUGUGAUUUUUGCUUCAGAGGUAUAUGCAGCAGUACAAUGAAGUGGAACUCUCUGCUCUUGGAAUGGCUAUUUCAACUGUGGUGACAGUUGCUGAAAUUCUAAAGAAUAAUGGAUUUGCUGUUGAGAAGAAGAUCAGGACACUUACUGUGGACAUGAGGGAUGAGCCCGGAGCACGGCCAAUACCAAAAGCCAAGAUUGAAGUAGUGAUGGGAAAGACAGAGAAGUUUGAUGAGUUGAUGGCUGCUGAAGCAGAGCAAAAUGGGGACAACGAGGAGUAAAGCUGAAGCCCUUUGAUUCUUUCUUAAGUGCUUUUAGUAAUCCAUGCAACUGCUUUCUUGGGGGAACUGUUAUUGGUACUUGUGGCCUAUGACUUUUCUGUUGCAUUCAGUAGUUUAACCCGCUACCGCAUUCAUAAUUUGUAAAAAGAAAAACCGGGCUUUUUCAAUUUUCUUAAUUUGUGGAUGUGUUACAUUUGUCAGCUUUGCUUAUUUGUCCGUAAUGUGGGAUAAAUUUCUUCUUGAGAUUUUCUCUCCUCAACUUAUA